AUGAUAGAUGCAGAAUGUACGAAAAUCAACAGCCUCGACGAAGAGAAAGACGCCGUUCGUCAUAUCGACCUAUCCAUUUCUGAAUGGCUCGCCAGAAACGUUCCUUCUGACCACUACACUCUUCUACAAGAUCUUUUGGAAAAGGACGAUAACGUUUUCUAUAAAAUGUUCACUUACGAAGCACAAAAAGCUCUCAAAAGGCUCGCUUCCAACAAUCGACAUGGCGACUAUGAAAGUGAAGCCCAGUUCUUACUCGCCAAUUGUUACGGCACAGGAGCAUUAGGCGUUCCGAUUUCAACAGAGAAGGCAUUUACACUCUAUCUGUUAGCUUCUAAGCAGAGUCACUUAGAGGCCAUCUACCGCGCCGGAGUAUGCUAUGAAUUAGGCUUGGGUACCAAGAAAAGUUAUCGACAUGCAGUUAAUUUUUACCGUAAGGCUGCCUCAAGAACACAUAUCUCCAGUAUGUACAAGUUAGCCAUUAUCUAUCUCAGAGGGUUCUGCGCGCAACCGGUCGACAUAAAAGAAGCCUUUGUGUGGUUACAACGCUCAGCAUACGUAGCAAAAAAGUCAAUCCAAGAGCAUCCAGAAGUACUUUAUGUGUUUGCUCUGUCACAACUGCCUAAUAAGGAGUUUAAUAAAAUGAAUGCUGUCACAGAUGUACCGUAUGCUCUUGAACUAUUGGAGAUGACUGCAAAGAUGGGCUAUUUACCAAGUCAACUGAAAUUAGGUGAGUUAUAUGAGUUGGGCAGCAGCGACAAUACGUUUCCGGUGGUAGAAGUCAAUGAUGUUUUAUCUAUUUAUUGGUAUACGCAAGCUGCUCAGCUUGGAAGUGCGGAUGCUGCAUUAGCUUUGUCAUGCUGGUAUUUGACUGGUUCGCAAAAGGUGCUUCAGCAAUCAGAUCGAAAUGCCUACCUGUGGGCUAGGAAAGCAGCAGCAUCUCAACAGGCUGAACGUUGGACAAUCGCAAAGGCGAAUUAUGCAGUUGGGACGUACAUUAAAGAAGGCAUAGGUGUUCACAAUGAAAAAGUCGAAGACUCCUUUACAUGGUUUAAACGGUCUGCUGCUCUUGGGCACUUAAAUGCUAUCCAUAUGGUUGAAAAUUGCCAUAAAUAA